AUGGCCGCCUCGGAACCAAGCCGUCGUCAAUCCUUUUCAUCCCCCGCCUCCGAUGACGAUCGCCCUUCCCAAAUCGAGCAGUAUAGCGAAAAAGCACCUUCGCAGCAAGAAGGGACAUCAGCACCAGAUUUUGGCCCUCCGCCUGAUGGAGGGUUACAAGCUUGGCUAGUUGUUACUGGAGGCUUUUUUGCUGUAUUUGUCAGUUUCGGGUGGAUUAACUGUAUUGGCAUAUUCCAAGAUUAUUACGAACAAAACCAACUCAAAUCGUACUCCUCCAGCGAUGUAGCAUGGAUUUCAUCCAUUGAGUCAUUUAUGCUGUUUUUCUGGGGCCCAGUGGUCGGUUACAUGACAGAUAAUUAUGGCCCUCGUAUUCCCAUCCUGAUCGGCUCAUUCCUCCACGUCUUCGGUCUAAUGAUGACAUCGCUAUCCAAGAAAUACUACCAGAUCAUCCUGUCUCAAAGCAUUUGCAGCGCAUUAGGUUCUAUCGCCGCUGCUGGAACAUGGUUCAAGCGUCAUCGCGCGAUCGCCUUUGGAAUCAUUACCGCGGGAUCCAGUCUCGGCGGUGUAGUCCUUCCGAUCAUGGUGAACAAGCUUGUUGUCCGUGUUGGCUUCGGUUGGGUGAUGCGAUCCGUGGCAUUCCUUUUCUUGGGACUGCUAGUCAUCGCAAACGUUACUAUCAAGUCGAGGCUGCCGCCCCCGAGAAGAAAGUUUGACAUCAAAGACUUCAUCACCCCGUUCAAGGAAAUGCCGUUCCUUCUUUUGACUGUCGCUGGAUUCAUGCUCUACCUCGGCUCCUUCUUACCGUUCAACUUUAUCAUUGUCCAGGCGAAAGAACUCGGUGUGUCGGAUAGCCUGGCUCAAUAUUUGGUAUCCAUCGUCAACGCCGCUUCCACCUUCGGCCGUCUUGUUCCGGCAUAUUUCGGCGACCGAAUCGGCGUCUACAACGUCAUGAUUCCUUUGACCAUACUUGGAGGCAUCUUCACGCUAACAGUAUGGCUCACUGCACACUCGACAGCUUCGGUCAUUGCAUAUGCCGCACUAUAUGGAUUCGCAUCUGGCUGUACCUUAUCUAUCGUACCAGCCAUGGUUGCUAGUUUCUCAGAUGUUCGAAGCAUAGGAACUCGCAGUGGCGCGCUCUACGGUGUUGCCGCAAUUGGUGUCCUCAUCGGAAGCCCUGUGGCUGGGGCCAUUGUCAGUGCAGAGGACGGCAAUUUCUCUGGACUGAUCAUCUUUUGUGGUGUUACGAUUCUGGCCGGUGCCGUGUUUGCUAUCAUGUCGAGACAGGCGUUGACUGGAGGCCAAUGGAUAAAAAAGGUUUAA